UUUUACACUUACACCAUACAAAUGUUUUCUUAGCCUUUUUGUGAAAUCUCAUGGAUGAUGAUGAAUCGAUGAUGAUCAGAAUCAAAAAUAAUUUCGUAAUUUCUUAUUAAAAACCUGAAUCUAUCUCAGUUUCUCCAUUCGUUUCCAAAAUUCUCUUUCGAUUUAGUUCACAUUCUCUUAGAUUACGAUAGAUUUUCCACUUCAUUCUUGGAGAAAAAUAUCUGAAUCUUUUGUUGUUGGGAUUGUCGAAAUCUAAUCGAUUUAAAGAAGCAGCGAUUUCCGCCGGUGGAUUAUCGGCAUUUGUUAUUGUUCGGGGAAUAAAGGUGAUUUGUUGAGGGAAAUUAGAGCGACGAAGCUGAGAGAUCGAGUGGAUUAUCGAGGAAGAAGAUGAAGUUCUGCAAAAAGUAUGAGGAGUAUUUGCGAGGUCAGGAGAAGAAACUGAAACUACCUGGAUUUCACUUCAAACGGCUUAAGAAGAUUCUGAAGAAUUGUAGCAGAGAUUUUCAAUCUCGACACCGUCAUGGCGAUGGCGCUUGCUACGCCGUCGCCAUUCACAGCUGUCCGGAUCAGUGUUCAGUGUGCGAUGGGACUUUCUUCCCUUUCCUUCUCAAUGAAAUGUCUGCAAUAGUAGGAGGUUUUAAUCAGCGAGCACAAAAAUUGCUUGAACUGCACCUUGCUUCUGGCUUUAGAAAGUAUCUCCUAUGGUUCAAAGGCAAACUGGAAAGCGAUCAUGCUGUCUUAGUUCAAGAAGGGAAAGAACUGGUUAAUUAUGCAUUGAUGAACGCCAUUGCAGUUAGGAAGAUCUUGAAGAAAUAUGACAAGAUUCAUUACUCCAAGCAAGGGCAAACCUUUAAGUCACAAGCUCAGAGUAAGCAUAUCGAGAUCCUUCAGUCACCAUGGCUAUCAGAGCUUAUAGCAUUCCACAUUAACCUGAAGGAGACAAAGCAUAAAUCUAAGAGGAUCUCUUCGGCAUUUGAGGAAUGUUCCCUUGCAAUUACUGAUGGAAAACCAUCACUUACUUGCGAGCUCUUCGAUUCAGUCAAACUUGAUAUCGACUUGACAUGUUCCAUAUGUUUGGAAAUAGUAUUUGAUCCCGUUUCUCUCACUUGCGGCCAUAUAUUUUGCUACAUGUGUGCUUGUUCGGCAGCUUCAGUAACCAUAGUUGAUGGGCUAAAGUCUGCUAAUCCAAAAGCGAAGUGCCCACUCUGCCGCGAGGCAAGAGUAUAUGAAGGUGCUGUACAUUUGGAAGAGCUUAAUAUUCUAUUAAGUCGAAGCUGCCCUGAAUACUGGGAAAAACGACUCCAAACAGAGAGAGCAGAGAGGGUCCAGCAAGCAAAGGAGCACUGGGAAUCCAUAUCUCGAGCAUUCAUGGGAAUGUAGAUUUUUAAUUCAUUGCAUUUUCUUGAUGAAAACUGUUAAAUAUUAUUUCUUUCUAGAAUUUUUACAGUUGCUGAUGUCAAAGUUCCUGCAGGCUGAUCCCUUUCGCAGAAUUUAAGUAUUGUUAAAACUCUUCUUUUUUUAGUCCUUUGGGUGGUAGAUAGUAUAUGUGUUUUCAAUUAAGCUUAGUUUUUACCGUUUGUAAAAUCCAACCCACUAGGUUUCAACAUACACAGUUUCUCUUAUGGUGUAAACUUGGAUUUAUUAUUCUUCUUUCAUAAUCUUUCAUUUUGGUGUAAUUUCUAUGCUUUAUAAGAGAGCUAAAUAUUAUGAAA